CUCGCGAUCGACCGCAGAACCAUUUUGUCCGUAUUCCAGUACGGACGCAGUUUGUGUUGUGUGACUCCUCCGGUGUUGGUUGCGGUUUCAACCAUGAACAAGCUAAGCUUUGUGAUAUUGUGCCUUGCUGCACUUUUAGUUUUUGACGCCACAGCCCAACAGGAUGUACACGGCCCAUUCCAAGGUCAGCGGCAGAAUGAGUUUGACUUGAUGUUCGUGAAGGAAAUCUUCAAAAACCACAACUCCAACGUUGUCCUGUCACCGUUUUCGGUGAAAAUUCUGCUCACACUCAUCUACGAGGCGUCCGACACCAGCUUCGGCAAUGCCGUGUCCAACACCAAGCGGGAGCUUAGCUCCGUCAUCCAGAACGAUAACAUCGACCAUACGCGCAGCUACUACAAGCAGCUGCUCGAAUCGGCCCAGCAGGACAACAAGGACUACGAUCUGAACAUUGCGACCAACUUCUUCGUGGACGACUUCAUCGAGGUGAUCAACAAGUAUCAGCAGAUCGCGAACACGCACUACCACGCAAUGCUCGAGAAGGUGUCCUACUCGAACCCGACGCAGACGGCGGCCACCAUCAACAACUGGGUGUCGGAGCACACGAACGGCCGGCUGCGGGAGAUCGUAACGCCCGACAGUCUCGAGGGCGCGGUCAUUACGCUGGUCAAUGUGAUCUACUUCAAGGGCCUGUGGACGUACCCGUUCCCGGAGGUGGCGAACAACUUGAAGCCGUUCUAUGGUACCCGCGGCAAACCCACGAACGCACAGUACAUGGAGCAGAACGGACAGUUCUACUACGACAACUCGGCCGAUCUCGGGGCUCAGAUUCUGCGCCUGCCGUACCGUGGCAACAAGCUCGCGAUGUACUUCAUCCUGCCGAACCCGGAAAAUACGGUCAACCAGGUGCUGGAUCGGAUCAACAGUGCAUCCCUCCAUCAGGCCUUGUGGUACAUGGAGGAGAACGAGGUGAACGUAACGCUGCCCAAGUUUAAGUUUGACUUUAGCGAACAGCUGAACGAGCCACUGCAACAGGUUGGUAUUCGUGAGAUCUUCUCACAAAACGCAUCGCUACCACUGCUGGCGCGUGGACGUGGAGCACGGGAUGAGGUGCGAGUGUCGCGGAUCUUCCAGAAGGCCGGCAUCACCAUCAAUGAGCUGGGCAGUGAGGCUUACGCUGCUACCGAAAUUCAACUCGUCAACAAGUUCGGUGGAGAUGGUGUGCAGAUCUUCAACGCUAAUCGGCCGUUCAUUUUCUUCAUCGAAGAUGAAACCCUCGGAACAAUGCUAUUCGCGGGCAAAAUUGAAAAUCCCGUCUUUUAAAGUAAAGCUGGCGGAAGCUCGGAUCGUUCGUUUCAAGUACUCAAUCCGCUAGACAAUAUUUUCAUGCAAUAAAAAUGCUAUCAAACAUGA